AGAAGAAGAAGACGAAGAAGACGAAGAAGAACAUCAAAAAAGAAGAAGCUCUCCGUAAAAACAAAAUGGAUAUACUAAAAGCCGAAAUAGCAAGAAAGAGGAAACUUCUGGAGGAAAAACAGCUUGUUGAUGAAUCCAGAAAAUGCUUUAAAAGGGCUGAUCUCGUACGGAAGGAAAAAGAGGAGUACUUUAAGAGAUGCGGAUACAAGGUUCAGACAGAGACUCCUAAGAGCCAGCUUGAUAAAGCAGAAGAAAAUGAGCCGUCCACUUCAGCUAAUCCAGUGUUGGAGCUUGAAUUGACAGAGGAGAAGCUGCCAAUGACUCUGUCACGACAGGAGGUAAUUCGACGACUUCGAGAGCGAGGAGAACCAAUCCGAUUGUUUGGAGAAUCUGAUUAUGACGCUUUUCAGAGACUCCGGAAAAUUGAGAUCUUAACCCCAGAAGUAAACAAGGGUUUGAGGAAUGACCUGAAAGCUGCCAUGGACAAGAUUGACCAGCAGUACCUGAAUGAGAUCGUUGGAGGAACAGAGUCAGGGGAACCAGACACACAACAUGACCUGAAAGUUCAUGAAGAAAACACCACCAUAGAAGAGCUUGAGGCUCUUGGGAAAACCUUGGGCACGGGGGAUGACAGUGGAGAUCAGGACGUCAUUGCCAAAUUUUUAAAGUUUCUUCUUGGUGUUUGGGCCAAAGAUCUGAACAGCCGAGAGGACCACGUGAAGCGCAGCGUUCAGGGAAAGCUCGCCAGUGCAACACAUUCACAGACUGAGUCUUACCUUGAGCCCCUCUUCAAGAAGCUCAGGAAGAAGAAUUUACCUUCUGAUAUUAAAGAGUCGAUCACAGACAUUAUUAAGUUCAUGCUGGAGAGGGAAUAUGUUCAGGCUAAUGAUGCAUACCUACAGAUGGCUAUUGGUAAUGCUCCCUGGCCUAUUGGUGUGACCAUGGUGGGUAUCCAUGCCCGUACUGGACGAGAAAAGAUCUUCUCCAAACAUGUUGCCCAUGUUCUUAAUGAUGAAACACAGAGAAAAUAUAUUCAGGGUCUGAAGAGGCUAAUGACUAUCUGCCAGAAACACUUCUCAACUGUUCCAUCAAAGUGUGUGGAGUACAACGCUCUCUAACAUGACAAUGUACCUGACAAGAAAAUAUUUGAGAAACUUUCAAUUUAACUUAACAAUCUUAAGCGUAUUUCUUAGGAUUGUUACCUUUAUUGAAAACGCAUCAGUUAAAACAUGAUUUGGGCAAGUAAAGGUCAACAACACAUAGGCAGAAUUAUGCCAGUUUUAAAAUGUACCAAACAUAACACAUGCUUAUUUUGUAUGCAACUUUUUUUUUUCCUUUUUACAAUGAGAAGAUAGUAUGUAAAUGUUGUGCAACUUAUGUUUUCACUUGUACAUUUUCAUGUGGUGGUAUACAAAUGGUAACUUGUAAAGCUAAAUGAAAGUGGUGUAAGUUUUAUUACACUUUGAGAUAAUAAACAAAUAUUAAACGUGA